AUGGCACGUGAGGAUAGCGAAGUGAGGGUGCUGCAGGAUCCGUUGACGUACAUGAGAGCCAUUCACAAAGACGCCGGUGCUCGCUGGGUGCUUGGGCUCAAACCCGUGGAGGACGAGAUGGAAGCACGAGACAAACAUUCCGAAGACACAUUCACGGGUACCACGCUUUUUCCAGAAGUAGCAGGUCGAUGGAGUAAAGGGUGGCUUCGUGUUCCCAUCCUGUUGGGUUUGGCGUGCCUUGUUCAUCUUGUGUAUGUUAUCGCCACGGGAAACAAAAGAAAUCCCCUGGACUUUCCAUCGACUGAAGAAGAGCUGUGGAAUUACAGUCGAUGGCAAAAAGAUGGAAUGCUGGGCUUCUUAAAGAGAGUACGGCACCUUUGGCUCACGUCAUCACUCACCGCAUCGUUUACUCUGGCGCUCUCAUGGAAAUUUGGCACAGCCGCACGGCAUUUUUUGGCACUUUGUGGUGUAGGCAUCUCGCUGUUAUCUGUUAUGGCAAUGAUUGCUCAGUUUAUUAUAUUGUGGGCUGCCUGUGGCGAGUCGCCAAUAAGCAAGGUAGAGGAAUGUAGCGUUCCAUUUGUCUUGUAUUGGACAUUUAGCGUCAUUCGUCUGGGCGGCCCGCCGCUUGCCGUAUGGGGCGUGGGUCCCGUGCUGGACAUCAUCUGGGAUUCACGCGCCUGGUGGAAAAUUCUGCUGGGUCUUCCCUUUUUUUUCUUUACGGUAUCUGUGUCGCUUUGGGUGCUGAACGAGCCUGUAUUUUUUGGCGGCGAUGACGUUUAUCAAUGGUGUGGCUACGUGACGUUGGCCUCAUGGGGACCUCUACUGGUCCUCUGCUGCAGGCAGAGGCGUUUUCAAUUAGUAUUUGUGGAAAAAACUCACAAGGAAUGA